GCUAGUUCUGUCUGGAGCGCCUCAUCCCGGAAGUGAAAAGAAGGUUGAAAUCGGUUGUGGUCAGUGGGAUACCGCAGGCCUGACCCGGAUUUGUGCGAGUUCUGUAGCCGCGAUGGCAGAUCCUGACUCCCGCUAUCCUCGCUCCUCGAUAGAGGAUGACUUCAACUACGGCAGCUGCGUGGCCUCUGCCAGCCUCCACAUCCGAAUGGCCUUUCUCCGAAAAGUCUACAGUAUCCUAUUUCUACAAGUUCUCUUAACUACAGUAACCUCUACAGUGUUCUUGUACUUUGAGUCAUUACGAACAUUUGUGCAUGAAAGUCCUGCCUUAAUUUUGGUGUUUGCCAUUGGAGCUUUGGGUUUGAUUUUUGCGCUGACUGUAAACAGACAUAAGCAUCCCCUUAACCUGUACCUGCUUUUUGGCUUUACACUUUUGGAAGCUGUGACUGUGGCAGUUGUAGUUACCUUCUAUGAUGUAUAUAUUAUUCUGCAAGCUUUUGUAUUGACCACUGCUGUGUUUCUUGGUUUGACUGUAUAUACUCUACAAUCUAAGAGAGACUUCAGUAAAUUUGGAGCAGGGCUGUUUGCUGUUCUGUGGAUUUUAUGCCUGUCAGGAUUCUUGAAGAUGUUUUUUCAUAGUGAGACAAUGGAAUUGGUCUUAGCUGCUGGAGGAGCCCUUCUUUUUUGUGGAUUCAUCAUUUAUGACACACACACACUGAUGCAUAAAUUAUCUCCUGAAGAGUAUGUGUUAGCUGCUAUCAGCCUCUACUUGGAUAUUAUCAAUCUAUUCCUACACCUGUUACGGUUUUUGGAAGCAGUUAAUAAAAAGUAAUUUAAAGCAGUAUUUAAGACUUUCAUUAAGUAAUAAAAUUUGGUAUUUAAUUAAGUGUUAAAUACUUUUGUGGUCUUUAUUAGUAUUCAGUAUACUGAGCAUUAAAAUUUCACUACUCUUUAUGAUUUAUCUCAUUUCUAAAUCCUUGUAAAUUAAGUAAGAGAUGUAAAAAAUUCUUUUUUUAUUUUUCAAUAGGGCUAUGCCUAACUGUAUAAUUUUAUAUUACAAUUCAAAAUAAUUUUGUAUUACAUCAGUGUGUAUUUAAUGAUUUAAUAUAAAUUUCCCUUAUGUAACAUAUUUGAUUUUGAUUCUGAAGUACUAUUGUCCACUAUUAUAAUAUAAAUCUUUCAUUAGAUUUUAAUCUUAUAGAGCAAAAACUAUAAAAGUUAGACAAUUAUUCAGUACUGAUUAAAAUUGUACUCUAAUGUUAACAUUUUAUUGCAAAAUGAUAUAUUAAAAUUUAAAGGUCUGCUUGAAAGUCAAAUAAAAUUUGAUAGUAAUUUUUUUUUUUUAAGUACAGGGGUCAUUUUAAAAUUAUGGUUGAAUUGUUAAAGAACCCCAAAAAUACUGGCCCACCUGACAUUAAGUGUAUAUAAUGAAAAUAAAAAUAUCUGGAAAAGUU